CACUGCUAUUCUGCGACACUGACAAUGUCGAGCGCCUCGGGAUCACCCUCCAAAGGCUCACCCUCGAAAGGAAAGGCGAAGGAGGACGAGAGCUGGCAACUCGGAUGGUGGGGAUUGCAACCGUUGCUCGAACCAGAAGACAGGCCUGUCGUCUGGUCUCGUACCGGCGUCAUAUUCACCGCGCACCCAACACAGCCCUACGUGCUUGGUCGCCUCUUCCCUUCGACAAAACAGUUCAGGCUUCAACCGCCUUCCCUGAUCCAAAGCAACCCAUUAGCCUAUGAGCCUCCUACCGUCAUAUCCAUCUCUCCCAACAUCUCAUCCAAGAUACAGCUGUUAUUCGCCUACUUUCCUAGUAGAAAUCAAGCUGGUAUUUGUUGCCUAUGGAAAGCGGGGGCGGAGCUCGAUACCUGGAACGCUCCAGAAUCUUGGGAAUGCGCUCGUGGUGCUGGGAUAGUAGCUUCUACCUGGCUGGGUCAGCCAAGAGAGUGGGCUACCGAUUCAUCAGGAGGUCCUAUUCGACUUCCUCCUCUAGGGCCUUCAACCCCUGUCGCUGUCUCCACACUACUACUUGUCACGCAGAAUAUGGAAACAUCAGUGCAUUUUAUUAGACACGGCACUAACGCUACCAGCGGCCAUCUGACCUGCUCCCUCUCCUUCCCUGACGAGGCCAAAGAGAGGGGGCAAGCUCACGCGACUGCCGCGGAGGGUGAAUAUGGCGUCAAGGCUUGUUCUAAGGCGGUCAUAGGCCUUGGAUAUGACGAGUCUUCUAUCAUUAUUGCUACUCAUUCUCGACUUGUCCCCAGACCGCCCACAAUUCCUGCUUUCAAUGAGAUGGAUCUGGCUAUGUCCAUGGACAUGCAACCUCCCCUCUCCAUGCCCACUUCUUACCAAGGCGACGAUUGGGAAAACUGGACUGACGAGCCCGCGAUUGAACUGUGUGAGAUCAGGUUGGGACUAGAUUUUGACAGUGUUAACAUGACUCUAUCAACCCAUCCACUUCCCCCUCUACGCUGCCAAUCGGGGCAUCUCUCAAAACUCGCGUUCGUUCCUCGGAACCGGCCUAAUGAUGCGAGCACAAAGAACACAUGUGCAAUGCAUCUACUGGUUUCUUACCUCGACUUUGAUAACGACUUAUGCACCCCAACGUCGGACUUGCUUGUAUACUCCCUGACGAAGAACGAGCAUGCUCAAAACAACAGCCAACCGGCAUGGCUCACUUCGAAAGUGUCAAGUCGAGAAUCCACCUCCGCAAUACCAACUUUUAUUUCUAGCCGUUGGUUAGGCUCUCCUUCCGAUACCAUCCUAAUGGGGACUGUCGACGCCUCCAUACAUAUACCCAGGCGAAGAUUGAGGCCCCGAGAGCACUCUAUUGGCCGUAUAUCCGCAAUUCAAAUACCAUCGUUAGAAGUGGACGAUAAAUGGAAGACUCUCCCCGUCUAUCUCACCAGUGCAGACAAUGUACUUCCCGAUAUCCCAUUCAAUGCUGCUAUAUCGCCUAACGGCGAUCUCAUAUGCACGGUUUCGUCACCACAACUCUCGCCCCUUCGAAUAUCCAUUCGUCCCUUAUCAAGACAGACCUCUGACGGACUAUUUGGUGCCAGUCCCGGUGACCAAUCACCAUCAUACCUUAAACAAGAGGCCAGCCGUAUUCUCACCGCGAUGCGCUCGAGCGGCUCAUUAGCCGAUGUUAUCCAUCGCCUAUCGUUGCCCUCACACCCUCUCAGUGAAUUACAGGACUUGCUUCGUGAACUCGCUUUGCUCAUCAAGCAAGAUGACACAAACUCCAGUCGCAGCGCGCUCAAAGAUGUUGUCGGAUUCUUCCUCGAGGCAUACCGUACUCGUGCCCGCAAUACUAGCAGCCCAGAGCAAGAGGAACUUUCUGUCCGCUGGCGAACGGCACAAGAUAUCUGCUCCGUCAUUGCUUGCCACAACGCUUUCGAGGAAUACAAGGAUGGUGACUUGCUCAAUCUGAAGGUAGUAUGGCCGUUGGUCGGAUUGUCUACCUGGUUCAUCAACUUUCUGGAGGAUGUGAUGAAGGAUUGUGUGUUCUGGAGCGACAGAAGCUCCGCGCCCUCAGUUCCACCACCUGCACAGUCUCCAUCUAUCGACGACCUAUUCGGUGCAGCGUCUCCGGCCGCUUUCUCGUCCACGACGAUACCCCUACCCGCUACAUUCUUACAUCUUAUCCACCCAUUCACCCUCAGAAAUCUCCGCGCCGCACUCGGCGAUGUCAAGGGCUUUUACGAUCAACUCGUCAAGCUCAAUCCCGGCGCAGAGAAUGUUCAGAUUGCCAAAAGCACUUUUUUGGAUGUCGUCUCAUCCUCGGGCAUCAAUUUGAAUGAAUUAGACUCGGUGCUUGCUCAGAUCCCUGAUGAAAUCAAACAGUUCGACGCAAAGGAGCUGCAGAACAGUCUCUCCCUGUGUCGGCCAUCACAGGCAUCCUUCUCGCUGGUAGACACCAUCGUAACAAAGCUCAUCUCCUCCGGAGCGAUCGACAAACCCCGUCUUUUCAUCAAAGCCACCGACCUCGUCAUCGGCGUCGGUAAACUCAACGUCUCCGACAACGGGAAGGACAAUAAUCGGGACAUCGUCUCGAAGGGUUUGUUACUUCGACGAGACCAGAAGCGCGUCUGCCAGAGGUGUGGAGGCAAGUCGGAUCUGUCUGCAAGGGAGCAUGCCCCUUCGGGCUGGCUGCUUUGGGAGAACAAGUGGUCGGCUCGAUGCAUCUGCGGAGGCUACUGGGCGACUCGGGCACCUCAGAACUUCGGCAUGUAGGGGUUUGCACUAUUUUACUGCUUCAUCUUAUUUGUAAAAUAUUCGGCUGUGGAUAACUAUUGGUUCAGCACAAUCCCUUUGGCUUCUUUGUGGAGUCUCCCCAUUGUCGUCCC